CGCAGGCGCCGUCCUCUCUCGCGCGCGGCACGAGGAAAGCGAGAGCGCGAUGGAAUCGUUGGCGUCUGAGCUGUACGGCGUUCAAGCUCUGCGCUUCGGGGAGUUCGUCCUGAAGAGCGGCCUAGUCUCCCCUGUCUAUAUCGACCUCCGCGUCAUCGUGUCGCACCCGGCGCUGCUGAACAAGGUAGCAGAUCUCCUUUUCUGUUCAGCCAAAGAUGCUGCACUCAAGUAUGACUCUGUGUGUGGUGUUCCAUACACAGCUUUGCCACUGGCUACAAUAAUCUGCUCCACCAACAAGAUUCCAAUGCUUAUACGGAGAAAGGAAGCAAAAGAUCAUGGAACCAAACGCCUUGUGGAGGGCACAGUUAAUUCAGGAGAAACAUGCCUGAUUAUCGAGGAUGUCGUCACUAGUGGUUCAAGCGUCCUGGAGACGGCAGAGGUCCUUUGGAAAGAAGGACUGAAGGUUACUGAUGCCGUUGUGCUGCUGGACAGAGAACAAGGAGGGAAAGCCAGGUUGGAAAAACAUGGCAUUCGGCUGCACUCCGUAUGCAGCUUGUCUCAAAUUCUCAAAGUCCUUGAACAGCAGAAGAAGAUUACUUCCGAAGUGGCGGUAAGAGUAGAGAAAUUCGUUCAAGAAAAUAUUUUCAAACCAUCUGAGCAAAAUGGCACGGCUCCUUUGAAAAGAGUAUGCAAAGAAAUGAGUUACGCUGCUCGGGCUGAGCUGCCGGGCACUCAUCCUCUGGCUGCUCGACUUCUCAGGCUCAUGGAGAAAAAGCAGUCUAACUUGUGCCUUUCUGCUGAUGUGAACAACUCCAAAGAAUUGCUCCGGCUAGCUGACACUCUGGGACCAUCCAUCUGUAUUUUGAAAACUCACAUUGAUAUUCUGGACGAUUUUACCCAAGAAGUAGUAGGAGAGUUGAGUGUGCUUGCUGCUCAGCACGAGUUCUUGAUUUUUGAAGACCGAAAGUUUGCGGACAUUGGAAAUACAGUGAAGCAUCAGUACAAAGGUGGUGUUUUCAAAAUAGCAUCAUGGUCAGAUAUGGUUAAUGCCCAUGCAGUUCCUGGCCCUGGAGUUAUCAAGGGACUGAAAGAAGUAGGGCAUCCUUUACAGCGAGGGUGUCUCUUGAUUGGUGAGAUGAGCUCCAACGAGUCACUGGCCACUGGUGACUAUACUAAAGCUGUAGUUAAAAUGGCUGAAGAACACUCAGAUUUUGUCCUGGGAUUUAUUUCUGGCUCCAGAAUUAUUGAAAAACCUGAAUUUCUUCACUUAACUCCAGGUGUCCAGAUGCAAGCUGGAGGUGAUAGCCUUGGGCAGAAGUACCUAAGUCCACAAGAAGUUAUCAGAAAAAGAAAUUCAGACAUCAUCAUCGUAGGGCGGGGCAUCUUAUCUGCAUCGGACCACCUGGCUGAAGCAGAGGCGUAUAGGAAAUUAGCCUGGGACAGUUACUUGCAGAGGAUUGGUGUUAGUACACAAACUUAGCCCUGUUGGCUUCCACUAAACAAGCCACUCCAAGAAGCUAGCACAAUUAAGAAGGUAAUGGUAAUAUUUUUAUCCACCAAAUGUUUUUGUGUGUUAAAAUAAAGCUGCAACUGAGAGAUUUGGAAGCUGUUACACAAAUAAUAGCAGUGGCACUUCUUGACUCUGAAAUCAAGCAGUCGGUUUUUCUAUUAAGGUGAUUUGGAAUUCUAUUCAAAUCACCUUAAUAGAAAGGCGACAUAAAAAUGGAGAGAAGUCAGGAAACAAGAUAUAUUUUCAUACAGCAUAUGCAGUUCUGGUUAUCAGUUCUUAGUUACUGUUUUUUGUAUUAGAAUAUGAGGAUUCUCCCUAGACAGUGGGUGUUUCAGUCACAUCUGGAACAUGCUUGAAAGUCUUGUGCUGGCGAGAGAUCUGUCUCUUCAGCACAAUUAAGGCACUUAGCAAUGUUUUAGCAAAUGCUUUGCUAAUGUAAAGAUAACUUACUACCUCAUGUUACAUUCAGAAAAUAUAUUUCUUCUGUUGAUAAUUAUCUGGAAUAUAAGAUGUAUGAAUGUCUUGUACAAUAUCAAUUUUAAAUGU